UGUUGUACUGACACAGUAGCGAUACGGGCUGAGCAGACAUGGAGGCCCGAUUAACGAGAGAGGCCCGUGCUGACACAUCCAGGCCCAGCUAACGGCGUGUCGGAGCGGAUUUCAGAGCAACUCGGGAUAUAUACCGGAUACCACUCGCUGUAAGGAAAAGGGAUUUUUACCACCGAGGAGGAAGAAAUAGAGGGAGAUCCAUUUCGGGUCUCUGUUGAUUCAACGCAGCCGCCAUUUUGUUGACAGUUAGUGUUUUUUUAAUAACCUACGCGGCGCUGCAUCUGUUAUUUUACACCACAGGAAUACAACUCGCCAUAUUCUUAUUUUAAGAGUGUAUCUCAGUUUAUUUAAAUUGUGCGUUUGCCUUUGAAACUACGUUGGAAUAUUUUUCUGGUAUAUCUGCCUUGCUAAUGCAUCGCUAGCCGUUGUAGCUGAGAUGUAGUAACACGAGUGCCUACGAGAAUGUGACGGAGAUGUAAGAUUAUGUGCAUCACUUGCACGGGGUUGUGUUAUAUUUUCACUCGCUCGUUGCAGAUUAUUUAGAAGCUGUAGGUGUUUUCUGACUUAGUACAAUUCAAAGUAAAGCUUUACCGGGGAAAGAAAGCCCAAAAUCGCUCUCAUACAGGCUCCUGAUAGAUGGCUAGUUAGCCGCUGCCAGUGCCAUUGAUACAAACUGUAACGUUAGCAGAAGCUGUCUAUUAUUGGACGGAGGGAGGGUAGCUAUCAGCUUCGUAUAAAAUAAACAACCCCUUAUCAAUACACGAGUUGUUACAGGCGUUGUAAAUCUAACACCCUGGAUGUUAUUGUUCUCUAACAGCGGGGGAAAAUAAAAUGCUUAACACGCUGGCUCUCAACUUACACCAUCAUAAGUUUGUGUUUUGGAGGUUGCAAGGUGAACAGUCACAUUUUGUAGGUGGUCAGUAGCUGCGUGUGCACUGGCACUGAUUUCUGUAAUGCUGCGGUCGAGAUAAUGAACAUGUUUUGACAGCUGAAACAUUUGUCAUGCAAUGUGAAUACUCGGGGAUUGAAAUCUAAUUUCAGACUGUCGUUGAAGCUAGUGGCCAGGCUUUGGAGUACUACAAUGAAAAACGGAUUUACACAGAAUCUGACUUUUUUUUUCUCAUGCUUUCGUUUGGGAAUACAGAACAAGAUAUAAAAUGUGGCCACCGCGUUGAUACACACUAAUGGGGGACACUGCCAAAUAAUGUGAACACCGUUUCUGGACAAUAACAGAGGUGAGUGACUGUGAUUUCAGUGGAUUUGCUGUUGCUGUUGACACCAGUGUAGACUAAAUGGGUUUGCACGCUGUUUCUGUUUGGUCAGCCCCAUCAGCUUCUGUUUACACAUGAGUAUAUGCCUGCAGAAAUAAUUUCUCGACUGCAUGCAUUGCCGCUUAUUGACUGCAGAAGCAUAACUCUCUCUCGUUUGGGAGAAUAAUCAUGACUAAACACGGGAUGAAUUUGCUGACUCAAUGUGAGCUCUUGAAAUGAAAAUAAAAAGUGAUGUGCUCACAGACUCAUGAGUUAUCCCCAUGUGGGGCAGUUUGAACAGUACAGGAAACCGAAAGCGGACAACGUUGUUGAGAUUGUAAGUCAGACACGUUUUUGCAUAACACAAGGGAAAGUUCACUUGUUAGAUUUUGUAUUCAAAUCGUAUCACUGUAUUUAAGCUAUUGGAAACACGGGAUUUAGUGUCCUAAGAGAGAGAGAGAGAGGAAGUUUGCAUGAGGUUGUUGGUCUGAAUGACACCUGUCAUUCUGGUCUGAUCUGAACAACUACCUUUUUCGUUGAAGUCCGUCGUUAGAUUGGAUCACUUGCCCUGUUAGACGAAACAAACCAAUGGUAGUAGUAAAGGAAUUUGGCUGCCUCCCCCCUGAUCACUGCUCUACACAAAUACCGAUGGUGUAAAAGCCCUGGAAAUGACACCGCGCUCUGAGGGCAGACGCCAGCCUUCGCGUGAAUGAGGUGGGGGGUGGGCGGGUUUGGAUACUAUUGCUAUGGCCAAGGGGAAAUCAGCAGUUAUGAACAACGUGUGCAAAAGUGAGGAGGGAGUGAAAGGAGGGAGGGAGUUAGGGGAAAGAAAUGGGAGGGGGCGCGGGAAGUUGUUUACUACGUUCCUGCCUGCUCUGCCAUUUCUCAGCCUGUUAGCCUGAUAUUGAUUAUCGAUCCCCUGUCUUUCAUUUGACAUUUCUUAUUGCUUUGUGUACCUGCAUCUACAUUAAAUACUUGUUUUCAGAAUCAGAAUUAAGAUAAAAUGCUAAGGGAGUUAAAGUUUGGUUUUGUGCCAUAGUGCAUUCACUACAAACAUGAGAUGAGAAAGUAAACAGAAAAGUAUUAGUGGAAUAAAAACAAUCAAAGAGCACUAAAUAAAAAUACAUAUCUUAUGGUUUAUGUAAAGAGUUGUGUAGGUCCUGUAGGAAUAUUCACGUUGUAAUACGUUUGUUAAAUGUACUACAUAAAAUAAUAAGAAAAAUAGUUCAUGUGAUGUGCAUUAAAGAAAAGAGGAGUGUAAACGGCAAAUAGAAGCUCAGUAUAAUAAUGUUGCAUCAGUAGACCAUGAUGUAAAGUAAGGUAGUAAAGCGUUACACUGAAAGUAGUUGUCCACUGACUGAUAUCAGUCAUAAACAUCGGUUGAACUCUUAUUAUGUUUCACAGUGUGGCUUUAGAAACCGAAGUAACUGCAGGAUUUUUGAUAGAUAAUACAGAAGAAAUGAUGAACUCAAGUGGUGAGCUUUAUCAGUCACAGAAUACUGAGCGGUUCUUCAAGUUAUCAGAUCAUUUACAAGAAAACAAGUGCCAGUAAAUGUCCCUGUGAGGUGAAAAGAAUGUUUUGACUCUCCAGGAGGUUUUUCUCCAGACUUGUGUCAGCAGCCUCUCACAGUGUAAGGUACUACAGAGGCUUAUUUUUGGCACAGCUGCUGUCAGGCAGCGGAAGCGGCUUGUAUAUCUGUGAGCGUUUAGUAUAAAAGAAUGAGGGGAACAUUUGUCACCGCGAGAGAAGGACACAGGGAACAGAGUCAGGAGGCUGGUGGUGGUUGAAAUGUGUUUUGGAUUAGAGCAGUUGCAGCACGGCAACAUCGGUUUUUCGUGCUGUUACUACUGCUCUCCAAGUUUGCGAAAUAGAGACAGGAAGAGGUCGGGAAGCUCUAAGAAAACGGUGAAAGCACACAGAGAUUGAUGGAGUGUUAAAGAAAAGAGGGAGGUGUGAUUUGAGUGUGGUAUGUGAAGCAAAGGGGAGUCUGCAGUUUUGAGGCGAAAUGGAGUGAGUAAUUGAAGUAAACACAGAGAAGAGGGCGUGGGGGAACCAGGGGCCAGACUCCAAAAAUCAAGCUGCCUCCACUGUGUGGUUCAACAAAAAAAUCACUUCUACCUUUUCCAGAGUCAUAAUCCAAAACAAACAGGGUUUAAGACUCUGCGUACGGUAGAUUCUGUUUUUUUCCCUCUACCUCUGACACUUAACUGAUGUGACGACUUGCAUGACUUUCCAGAGGCUCCAUUAAGUGGCUCCUUUAGUGCUCUCUGCUAAUGUAGGGCGCAGAGAAACCGCCGGCACGUUGACGCUCUAUCACUCACUCCCAGUUGCUGUUGGCGAAGGCUGGGAAAGGCGGUCUGAUCCUCUGUCUAGUCCCAGAGGGCCCAAUGUGCUGAGGUCACAGUUCUGAAUUGCCUCCAAAUGACUUCACCCGGAGAAAGCACCUGCUUGGGGGCGAAUCCGCAUUAAAUCACUCAGUGGCCAUUGGGAGCUGUGGACAACUUCAUUGAAUUGUUCUGUCCUCCGAGGAGCACAAUUAAGAAACGUGCUGCUCUCUGCUGCUGCUGUGCUAACCUAGGGGAGGAAGAGUCUGACACUAUUAUAUUCAGCUGUUUUCACUGCAGCUAAUGAGGAAACUUAAGGGAUUGCUCGUGUGGCAUCUUAUCCUGUAGCACCCUGGAGGAGGUGGCAGUACUAUGGGAUUAACUAUUGAUUCUGGACUUUGAGGGCUUUGUUGUUCUCAGGUGGGCAAUUCAGAGUCCUUGAGCCUAAGGUUAGAUUUCUCAGGUAGAUGAUCCUUCGCUGUGUAAAUAGGUCACACAUUGUUAUAGCCCAUGAGGAUGACCACACCAUAAAAAGUCAUUCAAACAGAAUGAAGGACAGCCUCUAACCAAAUAGCUGAUAAAAAUUGUAGCCCUCUGUCUGCUUUCCACCAUCACUCAUUAAAAGACACUUUUAUACCUCUUGGUUUCAGGGCAAAGCUCAAAACUGUCAGUGUUUGGUUGAUUUUCUGUUUGGAGGUGACUAAUGUGGUAUUCUUUUGCCCUCUACUCCCUUCUUUCCUUUCUCUUUUUACUCUCACAGUUGAAGGACGGAGAAAGAGGGCUGGACAGCCGAAGAAGGGAGAGAAGCCAUCCAAACACAAGGAGAGCUUCACCCUCACUGUUAUCCCCCUCCCCCUUUUCCCCCCUUCACCCCCAACCCACCCCUUUACAAAAACUCUGCUUGGUAUCCACAACAUCACCUGCUUAGUUAACCUCCACACCUCAUAAAUUCCUGAUGGAUCCGAAGAUUCAGGGGGGGACGGCAACCCCACCACCCCUUCUCCCAGGUGCUCCAACAGGGGAGAGAGAGAAGGAGGGAGGCGGAGGGAAGAAAGAAGAGGAGGAGGAGAAGAAGAGGGACAGGGAGAAGGAAGGAACUGACUCUGUUUCUGCAGGUGCAGGAGCCGCAGGGGCAAGUGGGCCAGGAGGUGCAGGGGGUGACCAGUCCCAUUUCUCCAUCAAAGAGAGCAGCUUGUCCGAGGGCAAUGUCAAGCUCAAGAUAGGCCUUCAAGCGAAACGUAUGAAGAAGCCCCCUAAGAUCUUGGAGAAUUACGUGUGCAGACCAGCUUUUAGGGCCACCGUUAGGCACACGGGGCGCGGGGGAGGCGGUGCGCGAGGAAACCGUGCAGGAGCUUUAGGCGAUGGGCCAGGAAGUCAGAGCCAGAGUCCGUCACAAGGCAGGGAAAAAGAUGGGGAGAAGAGUCCAAGUGUCAACAAACUAGCCCCAUCAUCUUCACUAUCAGGCCUCUCUGCAAAAGCUCCUACGCCACCCCCUCCCGCUCCUCCUCCUCCCACCAGCAUCACAACCAUGCCGUCACAAGUGAACGGGAGCGCUCCAGCAAAAAGGGUAAGAGGAGAGCACAUUGUGUAUUUUGAUAGCCUGCAUACCUGCAGAUUUAUCUUUUUUAUUUUGUGUACAUACUUGAGUCCAUUUUUAUGACUUAAUUAAACAGUUUAUAGUUAGUCAUCAGUAAGGCAAUGGCCCAUGACAACGUAACCCUGGUAAUUACUAUGUUAUUGCACAGAUAAAGAGCAGAGCAUAAAUUGUUCUUUAGUCUUUGUGCUCUCUGUUGGCCUGUCUCUAUUCAUCAUGCACCGCCCCCUCCAAUAUCCCCUGUUGGUGUUGUCUAUCCACGUCUCUGCUUGGCCAUCCCCCCUCCCCUGCUCAACCCCUCUCUCUGUCUCUCGCUUUCUCUCUCUUUCUCUCUCUCUCUCUCUCUGUCUCCAACUCUCCUCCUCUGUCCCCAAUCUGACCCUGAUCUAAAGUGUUAUUGAGUUGAAAGUAACUUCCCCCAUGGGCAUGGCCAAGAGGCAGCACUGAGCAGAAAAUCUCAUCAAUGAAUUGCAGUUUAUAAAAGGGGGAAUAAAACCUAUUCCUGAUUGAUUGUUCUUUUAUCUUGGACUGUCUUUGGCUAGAGGUUAGGUUGUUGCUUUUAUGUGUUUUAACAUUAACAAAGUACUCCCAGCGCUGCGCAGCUUUUUGUAAUUUUUUAAAUGAAACAGCCUCUGGGUUUAGCACUGGUGUUCAUCACAGGAGCAACUGGAACACUUCUGUUUUGGCUACGGGGAAUAGUGAAGAGCAUUUUCGCAACUUUUUGAUGUUUUGUAGAACAAAUGUUUUCAUCCGUUUAUUGUUGAAAUAAUGUGCAAAUUAACCGGUAUUGAACAAAGCCGUGCACAGAUGGGGCUAACAUGGAUUAAAUGACAUGAGUUCUUUGUUGUUAACUUUCCAUCUCAUUUAUUAUUACAGGGUCCACCAAAGAUGGAUAGCAAGUCUGAUACAAAGCAGGACACGAAAGCAUCCACAAACACAUCUGAAAGGCCUCUGAACCUUCACCGCCCCCCACCAGACAGCAAAACACAUCCCUCUGGAAAGAAAACGCCGACUACACAACCCAGCCCACGUACAUCUACUCCACCACUACCUGCAUCAAAGGAACCCAGCUUUGACAGCGUGAAGCCUCCUCAAUACACCUACAGCACUGAAAGUCAGAAAGACAAGGACAAGGGUGGUCAAAACUGGGGGGCACCCACGGUCACUGAGAAGUUAGCUCAACUCAUAGCAACAUGUCCACCUUCAAAAACCCCCAAGCCAGCCAAAUCUGCAAAGAUUGAACCAGCUGCUCCUCUCCCAAGCUCUGGCUUUAUGGCUCCUACAGCGAAGCAGCGAGAUAGAGCCAUGGCCAAUAGGAACACAUAUUCAAGAAUGGUACACCUUUCUCCCCCACCUCCUGUUUCACGACCACCUGGCCGGCCCUACGGCUCUAGGAACAAGGACAGUGUUAUGGAAAAUUCAUCCCCCCUGACACCUCUGAGGAAGGAGGAAACAGAGGGGCUGGGGAAAGUUAGUAGCUGCGGCUCUAACAACAUCAGCACCAACAUGAACAGCAGCAACAGCAGUAGUCGCAGCAGCAGCCCUGCACUCAGCUUUGGCAAUAGCCGCCUGUCGGUCAUGUCAAAGGACAGCAGCAGUGACAACAGCAACAGUAGCAUUUCAAAGACACAGUCACGUUCACCUCACUGCCCACCCCAUACUGCAUCUUCAUCAUCUUGUCCCACGUCAUCCUCUUCCACCACCACAGCUGAGCAGAGGACGGUGAGUGCAGUCAGUCACAUGGGCUCCCCUGCACCAUCACAAGGACAUUACGCACGGGAAAGUCCGGCUUUGGCAGAGGAAAGCAGUGCGAGUGAGGUGGAGCAGGACAGAGACAGACCCAGGGACUUAACCAAGUCAUCCUCUCAGACAGGAACAGGAAAGUCUGAAGGAAAAGACAAGGGGGCUAGUAAUCAGUCACUGCGAGGGGAGAGAGGGAAGAGCUCUAGCCCUAGUAAGCGCAAUCCCAACCACGAGGGAGGUCGUCCUGGUCGGACCAGUAGCCCCCCUGAAUCUUUGAGACAAAGGGCAUCUUCUUCACCAGAACCAGAUGGUGAAGAUGGCCCACAAACACCUCUCAGAGAUGACUCUCCAGAUUCAUCUGUGGACUCCCCUGAAGAGCAGGACAGCAAGCCCCUUAAAAAACGCAGAGGGAGGAAACCCCGCUGGUCUCGUGUUGUGAGCAAGGCACAGAGUCAAAGAUCAGGUGAAGACAGUCCCUUCGACCAGAAUAAUACCAUCUUGCCUUUAUCUUCAAACCUAGAAUCACAGUCGCCACCUGUUAAGAGACCUGUGGGCAGGCCACCAAAUCCAAAUAAGGUCAGACCAAAUCCUGUGCCACAAAGUACAGCGUCACAGCUUUUUCCACCUCAGCCUAAAAAAAGAGGAAGGCCAAAGUCUAAAAUGCCAACACUUGACGCCCCGCCCCAUGGGUGCCUCCCUAACAAGCUUGCCCCCUCUAAGGUCUUUUCAUCUUUGCUCAAGUCCAAAGAAGAGCAGGAUCCUCCUGUUCUUCACCCAGAGGUAGACCUCAACCCCCCUAAACCUAUGCCGAGAAAGCGUGGACGCCCCAAGCGCCUUCCUCCUACCUUGCCUCAGGAGGGUCAGCCUCCUACGUUGGCUCCGGAAGCAGGAGACAUGGGAGACAAGCGAUUUCGCAACAGAGGAAAUGGGCAGCUUAUCAUGAAAACUAUUAUAGGCAAGAUCAAUAAGAUGAAGAGUGUGAAAAGGAAGCGUAUUCUCAGUCAAAUAUUGUUAGGCCCAAGAACAGAGGAGAGCCCUAAAAGCACCAACAGUGGAGUGGUUGGCCCCGCAGAAGCUGCAACCCAAUCAUUAUCAUCGCUGGCUGCUUCUUUUGGGGGGAAACUAGGACCACAAAUUAACGUCAGUAAAAAGGGCACAAUAUAUAUGGGCAAGAGGAGAGGCCGUAAACCAAAAUCAACCACAAAUGCUACAACACCACCACCAGACCCCUUCCUAUCCCCAAACACAACUUCUCCCCUUCAUCAUCAUCAGUUACAGUCCCAGCAACAGCACCAGCUCUCCUCCUCUGAGGUCUUUCCCUCCCCCUCACUGUCACAGUCUAGCGGGGGCCACAGUCCCAUCAGCGAUGCCAGCUUUCUGGAGCCUGGCUCUGUGCACUUUGCAGGUCACUCUCACUACUCUAACCCCCAUCACAGCCACAACACUUUUUCCUUCCCUCCCCCAACCUUUUCAGCACCUAAUCCUCGCAACCAGGGCCUGGGCUCAUCAUCUAUGGCUGCAGCAGCCUCACAGAAAAAGUCAUCUUGCCGUGGAUACCAUCAUCACCACCACCAUUACAGGCAGCACUACCAUUAUCAUAAGCUCUCCCCUCCCAGGCCGCUCCAUCCCACCUCCCCUGCCCCCCUCAGUGAGCUAAAAGAAGCCACUCCGUCACCAGUUAGUGAGUCACACAGUGAGGAGACAGUGCCCAGUGACAGCGGUAUAGGAACGGACAAUAACAGCACCUCUGAUCGUGGCGAGAAAGCAGGAGGGGCAGGUGGAUUGGGUGGGAUCGGAAUGCCACACGGGAUGGGCAGUGGAUUAUUAAUGCCAGGAGUCAUUGGUUCAGCCAUGGGUCCAGGAGUGGGCCUUAAUUCUAGAGGCAGGCGGCGGCAUACGGCCGUGCUGAUGGAACAUCCCUCACCCUCUCCAUCACCCCAUGGAGCAAGGUCAUCACCUGAUCCCCGGAGACCUCACCCAGCAGCCCCCACCUCCUCCUUAAUAGGACACAAGGAGAAACAUAAGCACAAGUGUAAACGCCGCAGCCAUGGGUGCCCUGGCUACGACAAACUAAAGAGACAGAAAAGGAAACGCAAGAAGAAGUACCUGCAGCUACGAUCCCGCAGGCUUGAUCCAGACUUCCUCGCAGAGUUGGAUGAGAUUGUUGUCAGACUGAGCGAAAUAAGGAUAGCACACCGUACCACCGGGCACCGACUUGGUAGUGGUUUUGGCAUAGCAGCAGGAACAAGUAGAGUGCCAGGAGUCAGUAGCAGGGCGAGUGGUGGCCUAGGAGGCACAGGAGGACCUCCUCCACAUCAUUAUGUACACAGGGACCUCUUGCCCACCAUCUUCAGGGUUAACUUUGGCAGCUUCUAUUCCCAUCCUGCUUACUCCUGUGACCCUUUGCACUAUGUUCGUAAACCAGACAUGAAGAAGAAACGUGGGCGCCCUCCUAAACUAAGAGAGUCCAUGUCCGAGGUUCCAUUUGUACCAGGGCUUGGAUUCCCACUCUCAAGUGGAGGUUUUUACCACCCCUCCUACGGCGUCCCCUACUCCUCCGGGCCUCUGGGCUUGGGCUACUACAGAGGCUUCCCUCCAGCUAGUGCUCUGUAUCCCCACCCACACCACCAGUCUCCUCACACAGCCCCAUCUCACCACUCUCACCACUCACCCUCUUUCCCUCCUCCUCCCCCGACAUCUUACAUGCAUCAUCACCCCUCUCAUCUCUUACUAAACCCUUCCAAAUUUCACAAGAAAAAACAUAAGCUGCUCAGGCAGGAGUACUUGGGAGGAGGAAGGUCCCCGGUCCUGUUUCCACCUAUGUCCUCUGAGCUCUCCUUCAACUGGCACCACAAACACAAACACAGACACAAACACAGAGAGCGCUGUGCCGAGGAGGACAGGGAGGAAGCGGGGAGAGGAGGAUCAGGGAGCCGGGCUGGUGCAGGGAUUCCUGACAGCAGCGCAACGGGGAAAGGAGAGAGAGUUGGUAGUUUAGGGAUGGCAGAGUCUCUGCAAAGAUGUCGCUUUGGACGAGACAACUCCAGCACCAGUGCCAGCAAGCAACCAGCCACCACCUCUGCCAACUCUCCCUCUUCUUCCUCAUCCUCAUCUGCAGAAAGGUACAAGCGUAAAGAAAGCUCCAUGUCCUGUCUCGGCCCCUCCAGGCUCGCACUGGGCAGUAGCUCAAAAGGCCACCACCCAGUAGAGUCGUGGUUCAGGAUGGGCAGUUCUAAAGCGGACUACUCUAAGCUCUCACGGAGUCAUGUUGCACCUGGCCAGGGUCCCUUCUCAGACGGACGGGCCGAAGACCCAGCGGGCUGCUCAGAUAGUGAGGACGAGGAGCCCCUCACACCCACGGAUGAUAUAGAGCCCGGAGCACAUGACUCUCCAAAUCCAACAAAUCUCUUUGCUUCCGCUCUCACCCGCACUUCGCUGAAAGGGGGCAGGGGCAGAAAGACUGAGAUGGUUGCAGAAAGUUCAAGCUUUGCCCGCAUAGACCGGCCAAUGAGGAAGGACCGCUCAGCGUCUGUAGAGAGGAGAGAGUUAGGUAAGUCAAAUUUAUAAGUUAAAUUUAAAGUUGGUCUGAAUGAAAGAGGUACUUACAUUUAAGAAUCAGCUGAUAAAUAGGUCAAGAGAGUGUCUUUGUGAUUUCUUUGAAGUUAGGACAUUACAGGGACCAGUAACAGCAGCUGCAGUGAUUUUCUUUGUGCAUCCAUUUGUUCUCGACGCUGUUUUCACAGCGAAAUCUCAUCACAGUCAUGUAGCUCUGCACACGGAGCUUUCCAGCGCGGGCACUCUCUUGACCCAAAUUAAAUGAGCAUCGUUAAAGGUUGUAAAGUCAAUUGUGCACCAAAUUCAUUUUCCAAAAAUAGAUGGAUGCAGCUGAAACAAGAAUCCUGUGGCUGAAUUUGAUUGGCUGGUGUCUGAUGAGCUUCAUGGCUCGGCACAGUUCUGGUGAAACUGGCACAGUGUGCAAUCAAUUCGAUCCAGUGCCGAUUCCAGGGCUACCUAUUUGUGCAAUAACUCUUUUAGACACUGCCAUGUGGCGCAGCAAGGGGGCUCUCAAAUCUUGUUUGAUCUUUGCUCAGUGAAGCCUGCUGAAAAUCCUUCACAGAGCCGCGAAACAGUGAAGUGGUUACAACUGGAACCAUCCACACAUCAGUUGUGGUUGGAUCAAACAACACUGGAAACGCUCUGUUCUGUCUCUGUAGCCUUUUCCACUAUCCCUUAUUUGCACAAAGAAAAUACCAAAUGCAAUGAACUUCUUAUUCUGACACAGAAAGGCCCCCGUAAUAUCAUUCCCUGUGCAUACUCCAUCUGACAUUUGGUAGCUCUUACUAGUGGUUACGGGCUUGGCGAAAAAAAACAUGUGCUAUGAUUUAAACAGGCUCCUGUUUGAGUGUGGAGGGCUGCAGUUGGCUGCAUUUGAUAUUGCUUUUUCUGCCAGAUCUGAAGGGGUGGAGUGUUUUGUUAACAGGCUAUAUAUAGUAGGUAUUUUCCUCAAAAGCCUACAAUGUGAGGCCUCAUCCCGUCCUUCAGUGCACACAGCACCUGGGCUGAGCUGGGGUUGCUGAUGAAAGAUGCGGGGCCUCAGCUAUGUUUUUGCUUUAUUAGUUUGAGUGAAUGACCCUCGCUGAGACUGAUAGACAUUUGUUUCUCUGUCUGUCUGUGAGUGGCAUGUUAGGUAUCUAGUGAAUACCACCUUAAAAAAAAUCCCCUCCUUUGACUCCAGGGUAAUAAACAAAAAGUGCUAAGUCAGCAAAAUAUCACGGUCUAUACUUAUUUUUUUGCUUGUCAACCACACCAGGUGUCCUUUAUCUUUUGCUUUUCAUUUGGCAUGACUUGAUGUCAAAAAACUGAGCAGUGUUGUGCGGGGUCCUAAACUAACAGGAAGCCCUGCUAAAAACAAAAACAGAAAGGCCUCACAAUGUGGGCAGGAUGAAGCGUGGCAUUGGCUGCUUUUAAACAAAUCCAGCACCUUCCUGCAGUGUUGGUUGAAAGUGUGUGGAUGGAUGUUGAACUGUUAUUUGGGAUAACUUCACAGAGAGACAAACAGAACAUGAAUAUGUUGUAACUGAUGCCGUUCUCUGCCCUCGAGUCGAUCAACCACAGCUGAUCUCUCUUGCUUGGAGUAAAAAAAUAGUUUGUUGUAUUGAUAUUUUUUUAAACUUCAGUAUUUUGGAUAUUUUUGGAGUUUUAAAACGAAUAAAAGGUAACACAUGCUGUUUAAAAAUGAUAAGCAUGGCUACUUUUGACAUGUCUGUAAGUGAGAUAGGAGGCUGUAUGGUCCCCAUUUACUGCCUGAUGCAGUUCAAACAACAGCGGGGUAAUCCAGGAUUAGAGCUCAGGACAUGGGGUCACCCAUCGGUCACAGACAGCACCAUUAAGGUACAGGAGGCCAAGGGUGGGAACUGGGCCGCCACACAAGACAAGUGGGGACUGAUGUGUAGAGACACACUCUGACAGAAGAGUAUGUGUGGAGGAGUACAUGUGGCUGAUGGAGAGGGGGAAAAACAGCUAGGAAGACUAAGGAUUAAAGAUAAAGUAAGACAGAAAAGAAAAAGUGUGGAAAUAUUUGUACUUCAUCUUAAAAAGAAAAUGAAAGUUUAUAUUUCAGCAACGACUGUGAAGUAAGCAAAGUUUGCAUGGUGGGCUUAAUAAACUACUAUACUGUAUUUCAUCUAAGGGAUAAAAAAGGAUGAAAAACGAGAAAGUGGUCAGGCAAGAGUUAAUCCUAUUGUCCUCCUGAUUAGCUACAUAAUUAGCUUAAUUUCACCACUUAGACACUGUGACUUGGGUGACAUGUCUGGAGCUCAGUGGAGUUAGUCUGAAGAGGUAUGAAAACAAUCUUUCACUGUACCUGACAUGCAAGCAUCAUGUUAAUGGACUAGUACAAGUAAUAGCACAACUAUACCAUCAUAGAGAUGUGUAAGUCAACUAUUUUUUGAUUUCCACUAAAAAAGAAGUUAAAAAAGCUUUAAAGAAAUAAUCUUAAUGAAUGUAAAUUAGUUAAAAACACUUCUUCUUCAGUGUACUUAAAAGGGAGCACAUUUAAGCUCUUAAAAGAGUGUAAAAUGUUGAAUAAGUUGUGGAGAAGUAGUUUGACUAGGAUUUUAGAUCACCGGGUUAACAUGCUGAGCAGUGGAAAGAAGAUUUUUAGGUCAGAUGAGUAAAGGAAGUAAGAUAGAGUUGAGACAGUUAGGAUGACAAAGCACCAAAGAACAAUGUGAAGGAAGAAAAACAAGCUAAACAACAGGAUGGUGGGGAAAAUGAGGCAGAGUCUAAGAUGUAAAAUGAUGCACUGAAGGAAAGAAUGAAUUAAAACUGAAGAAUAAUUUUCUGAGGUAAAAGGAGAGGUGGGAAAAAAGUUUUUGAAGUGGUUUCAGUAAUCAAGAAAUGAGUACGACCCCAAUUCCAAAAAGAAUAAAAAAGUGCUUAUGACUAGCGUACACAUUUGUGAAGGCAUCUCUAAUGCAGAACAACAAAAAGGUUUUGAAGCAACAAAGCUGUUGUUCAAUCAAUGUUUUUUUGAAGAGACCAUGCAUAUUUCAGAAAGACAAUACCAAACCUCACCCUGCACAUAUUACAACAGCGUGACCCUGCAUUAAAUGCGUUCAGGUGCUUAACUGGCCAUCCUGCAGUUCUGAUUUGUCACCCUUUAAAAACAUUUGGUGCAUCAGGAAGCGAAAAGUACAACAAAGGAGACCCUGACCUGUUAGUCCGACAACAUCCUAUAUCAGGCAAGAAUGGGACAACAAGUCCCUAAAGACUCCAGAGUGUUGUUAACAGAAGAGAUGAUGCAACACACUGUUGAUUAUGCCUCCGUCCUGACUUUCGUGAUAUGUGUUCAGACUUGAAAUGAGAAUAUUUCAUGAUUUAUGAAUUAGUAACAUAGCAUUUAAAGUAUUUAUAAACCAUCAAGUUUUGUUCCGUUUAAAUGUUUCAAAGUGUCAGGACUUUUUCAGAAUUGGGUUAAGAGCAGCUUAGAGAUGAUCAGAGUUUAAAGACAGAAUCUAAUGCUGCUGUUAAAAGCUUGAGAGUGUCACUCAGAGGUGUGUAUGUGGUAUUAAUUUCCCGUUUCUUUGAUCAGGCUCAUCAGGUAUCCAGACAAGAGGUGUUCCCCUCUCAACCUCAGAUGUACCCGAAGGAUCCAUGCACCAUCGGCAGCAGCACCAUCACCAACCUUCCCUGUUCCACCCCCACAGCUCUGCCUCCUCUUCAUGCCUCUCCCCGUCGCAGGACUGUUGUCUGGAUUCCUCUCUGUCCCACCACUCCCAUCGGACACAGCCCUCAAAACACAGCCUGCACCACGUCAACAAAAUCCUGCGUGCUAAGAAGCUGCAGAGGCAGGCUCGCACGGGGAACAACAUGGUGAAAAAGAGAGGCCCAGGACGCCCAAGGAAACACCCUUUACCCUCCCCUCCACCUUCCCCACCACCACCAGUGGUUGAGAUGAAUCAGAACAGGCACAAGGACAGAGCUGGAGAGCGGCCAGCAGGGGGUAGAGGGUGGGAAGGGGACACUGUGACAGAUGCUAUCGAGUCAGUAGUCCAGGGCCAACGUAGGAAAGGUCAGAAGAGGAAACACUGGGAGAGGGAUGGGGAAGAAGAGGAGGAAGAAGAGGAAGAGGACGGGGAGGUAGAGGAGACUGAAGACGGAUCGCCGGGCAGGGAGGAGAACCUUGGCAACAUGGUGGCAAGGUCCAAAACUGGUACAGGAAGAAGCUGGCUUACCCAGGACAAGCUGCAGCAAUAUCAUGGGUGAGCACUUCUUUGUCUCAGCCUUAGGACUCAGACUAACAUUUACUCGAACCUCAGGAAUACUCAUUUUUAUCUCCAAAGCUAGUAUAUAAAGAUCCAGUUAUGUAAUACAGUUGGAAUAGAGUUGGAAACCAAAUCUUGGUGCUUAUUUUAGCUCUAUGGAGGGUAAACCAGAUGGCUCCUGCUCCCCUGAGAUCCCAGGCACCACCUCCGGGGAACAAGCCCCACCCAUGCCCAUAACCAGCCAGCGGGAGAAGAGACCGGCCAGACCUCCAAAGAAGAAGUUCCAGAAGGCGGGACUUUACUCCGAUGUGUACAAGACUGAAGAGUGAGUCCUGAACAAAGUCCAAAAUACAACUUUUUGUAUUUCCCAAAAUUAUUCUUCCUUCAGAUAUCAGUGCUCUGCAAUCAGUUUUCCUGGUGUGUUUGUCAUGUGAAAUAUGUUUACAUUUGACUGUUUCUUAACCCUGCCUUGUAGCCCCAGGAGUCAGCUUCUGCAGCUAAAGAAAGAGAAGCUUGAAUACAUACCAGGGGAGCACGAGUAUGGAUUGUUUCCAGCUCCUAUACAUGUUGGUAAGUCUUAAUUCAGUCUUUCUUUUCUUUUUUUGCAUGGCACUACCUGUUUUCAAAACAUGUGAAAUUAUUACCAAACUGAUUUACUCCUGAAUUAAAACUGCAUGCAGCACAAGUGUAAGUUAUUAAUGUUUUCCUUUGUCGGUUAAAGCUAUGAUUACAUUGGUUGUGACUCCGUUUCGUUCCCGACAGUUGUAGGUGUUAAGUGCAGGGGCCAAUUUCCACCAGUUACAUUAUAAAUCGAUUGCCCCCUCUGUUACCUUACUUGGAAACUAUGACAUAAACAACCAAUGGAAACUGCAGUUAUUAUCUGAAAGUGCUGCUUUCAGAUGCAGCUGUGGCAGAGUCAUAGCACAAAAGACACAACCAUCAGAUUUCUCAUUACACGUUUUGAUACUAAGGAGAGGAACCCAGAACCGUGUAAAAAGGCACUUGACCUUCAGUUAUACAGCUGGGGUCUAUUGUUAGAGAAACAGGAAACUUCCCCCAUAAAUUUUACAACUUCUGCAAAUGUCCUUUCUUGUAAAAUGUCUGGUGUGAUCAGCAACGACAGCGUUACCCAGAAUUAAGUUACUGAAGGUUAAAUGUUCUCACUACAACAGGCCAGUUUUUUAUGUGUGAUUUCACAGUAAAAACCACAAACACUCUUUUAAUUAGAUGACAAAGGCUUCAGGGUUUACUCAUCAACAUUUCCAGAUAAAUGAAUAAGACUCUCCUUAGAACUGGACCCUUAGUUCUUACUGCUAUUACUGGCCUGAACUUUCAGUUUGAUGCACAAGAUGUGUCAAUUGAUCAAACCUCUCUUUCACUUCCAUCACAUUAGAGUAACUGAUCUAUGUAUACAGUCAAAAAGUCCAUCCUUAGUUUUGACAGUGUGUGUUUCAAAACUGUUUCUCUUGUCACCUUAAUUUUCUCUGCUUUGUAUUUUUGUUUUUUCUUUCAGGGAAGUACUUGAGACAGAAGCGCAUUGAUUUCCAGUUGCCUUACGACAUCUUAUGGCUGUGGAAACACGAUCAGGUGAUCAAUUAGAUUGAUCUUGAAAGUUUUUAUAGUUUUUCCAUGCUCACAGUAAACUACUGAGAGUGGAGGAAAGGAUUAUUUCUGCCUUUUAAACCGCUCUGUGUUAAUUAAUGUGUUUUUGUCUUUCAGCUAUACAAAAGACCCGAUGUCCCCCUUUAUAAAAAGAUCAGAUCAAGUAAGUGUGCAGCCAGAAUGUAAUUUAGAUCCCCAUCAGUUUCUGUGCUCUUAUGUAUUUGUUUUAUCACUCUGGUUGUCCUGAUUGUUCGGACCGUUAUUGCCCUUAAUUCAGAUAUAAUGUAAUAAGAUAUUAAGAAUAUCUGAUGCUUUUACUGCUGAUCACAUUUUGUAAGAGUGUCACAAGCUGGAAAUGUGAAACAGUACUCAACCAUUUGCGUCACAGAUGUCAAUGUGGAUGUGAAGCCCCUUUCUGGUUAUGAAACAACUACAUGCAACUGCAAACCUCGAGAAGACAAGACUGAAAAAGGCUGCCUAGAUGAUUGCCUGAACAGGUAAAGUCAACAUAUUUUUCUUUGAGCAGUUUAUUUUCAGUUUGUUUAGGUUUAUUAUUUCUUCAUGGAUGUUGUUGUUUUGAUUAAAAAUGUAACACAUACAUAUGCUGUGAGGAGAGAAGAGUAGUAGCCUCAUUUUGGGUUUUUUAAUCGGUGUCCCCAGAAUGAGUUUUGCCGAGUGCUCUCCCAGCACCUGCCCCUGUGGGGAUCAGUGUGACAACCAGCACAUCCAGAGACAUGAGUGGGUCCAGUGUCUGGAGCGAUUCCGUGCUGAAGGGAAGGGCUGGGGUAUCCGCACCAAGGAGUCGCUUCGUUCUGGACAGUUCAUCAUUGAGUAUCUGGGAGAGGUGGUCAGCGAACACGAGUUCAGGUGAGCUGAUGUGGCCACAUGUUAUGGAGGAGAUUGUUACCUUUAGCUGCCAGACAUGCCCUAACUUCCUCAGUUCAGGACAUGCUUUAUAUGUUAUAUAUCAAAUGGAGGUAAUAGUUCCACUCCUCUUUUCUACCUCUUUUCAGGAGCCGUAUGAUGGAGCAGUACUUCUCCCACAGUGGCCACUACUGUCUCAACCUGGAUAGCGGCAUGGUGAUUGACAGCUACCGAAUGGGCAAUGAGGCACGCUUCAUAAACCACAGCUGCGAACCCAACUGUGAGAUGCAGAAGUGGUGGGUGUCAUCGCAGCUUUAAAUCUCCUAAUGUCCUUGUGUGACUUUUGGGUUCUCACCAAAGUCCAGAUUUGGCUAAGCCCUCUUAGGCGUGAGCGUGAGCAGAUUCUAAGUUGGUAGGAAAAGACUCAAUGAGGAGCACAAUAAGAGAUAAGCUUCAUGUUUAAAGGGGCCCAGCAAAGUUUGAGUUAUGGUGCACAUGGGUCUCCUGGUGUGAUGGCGGAAUGUUUAUAUGAAAUACCAAUAGGAGCUCUCUUUGUCCAUGAGCUGAGCACUACCAGUCAAUCAUGUACCAGUACCAAAAUAUACUGGCUCUUGAUACCCAUCCCUACUCCUUAGUGAUUUAUUUUGCCGUGUGUUGUUUACCUUUUGUUUUGGGGGUUCUGUUCUUUAUGAGUCACUCAUAUCAAAGAUAGUGAGAUGGAUGUGACGUCCACACAAAGCAUGUGUAGUCUGCACACGGCUUGUAUGCUGAGGCUACAGUCCUCGCUGUCAUGGUUGCUGGUUUAACUCCUGACCACAACUCUUUACCUCUACUGUUCUGACAUUUUCUGUCUCUCGUCAGCUGACCUGUGUGCACUGAUGUCAGUAACUGGGUGUUAAAUUUGUCACCGAGGAAUUUUGUGUAGUCUCUGUGUGGCUGUUUCUCAUCCUGUGACCAAAGCCUCUGAUAAUCUCAUGUAAGAUGUGAGUGUCUUAUUGUUGAAUGUUUUUAAGUGAUCUUAAGAGGAGAUUGGUUUGUUAUGCUGAAAAAAAAUCCCUGAAAUGCUCCAUGCCUUUAAAUGAGGUGCUGUUUGCAUCCAUGUCUUCUUUUUCCUCCUCUUUGUUGGUGCAUUGCAGCACAUUGUGGUAUUACUGCCACCUGUAGUUAAGUGGAAUACUGUGACACCAUUGGUGGGAGAUUUUAUAGUAUCAUCUGCAUGCGCUCCUGUGCAUGUGUGUCCUCUAAAGAACUCCUCUGGGAGCCUUUGAGGACUGUUGGGUACAUCGGCAGUCAGAGUUUAUUAAAGAGGCAGACAGUUUUAAACAAGUGGAGCUGUGAGUCUCGCUGCAUUGUUGUGAGAAGAGAGUGGGAGAAGCUGAUUGGAAAAUGUUCCACCUUGAUAAUUCAGUAUUUUGUUUGCUAAAUGCUUCCGUCAUUUAUGGUUAACGAACUGGAAAAUACUAGCCUAUUACUGAAAUGGCUUCAGUUAAUUGCUAUCUGUUUGUGAGCCUGAUGAUAGGGGUGGGUGGGUAAUGUCUUAACCACUCGGCAAGAGGUAAGCUGGGUAUAAUGAAAGCGCCAGAAUGAAGAGACAGAUUUUCAGUGUAGAAAUGAUCACUUUGAUGCCGCACGAUUCUAAUAAGGACAAGGUCAGACAAGCCACAAAAAGUCCUGCGGUAGACAUUUAUUUUUGAACCCUCCUAAAUUUAUUGCAGAACAGGGCUAACACUAUUUCCAGCCACAUGUUAUUAUCAAUCUUGUAGCUUUUUUACUACUGCGAGUGUGAUUGAAUAUCAGUAAAUGGGGGCUCAUUUGCACCGGAUUAGAUUUGUAAUAUUUUUUAGAAGUAUUUGAAAUGAUGUGGGUUUAUAACAGCCGUACAGUCAAACCACUGGGACUCGAGUUACAGCUGUUUCAGGGUAUGUUCAGCAGUAUUGUGUUGCCCUAGUUUGGGUAUCUUCCAUAAGCUCCAAAAGGGACAUGUGAAGCAGGUGCACUCCAUUGUAAAUGAGAAAGCUCUAUGUCCAAACCCCAACCUCCUUAAUGUGGUUGUGUGGUGGUAAUCUGAUGAGAUCACCUCAGCCAGUCCUGCCAGUGUUCAGAGACCGAAAUGGCUUUAAGCUGUUGCACUACGCCAAAACAAUUCACUGGUUUCCCGGGGUAUUGUUCUCACAGCAUGCCUUAAUUCACAGCAGUGGCAGACCUGGCCUUAGCUGGCUUCACUGUGUCAGACUUUUUAAAGUAGAAACUUACUUUUGGUCUCAUGGUGAUGUGUUUCACCUCUAAACGGGGAAUCUGCGACAUAUGUCACAGCAGUUUAACCCUCAGCAGGUCUGGUGUGAGACAGCCAACAACCUAAAGAGAGAGGAAUAUCAAACUUCAGUGCACUCUGCCCUCCAGCAUACAUCAGCUCAUAAUCUAGGGCACUGGACAGUGCAUGUGUAGAGCGGCUGUGCUGAAAUAAAAGACUCACCAAGGAUGGAGGAUUUUCAGCACAAAGCCUGACGAGUCAUCCAUCUUGUCACAGAAGAGAGAUUACAUGCAGCCGGGCCUUAGAUACAGCUGUAGUGGCUGAAGACAAUGCGCUGAACCAGCUUUUUACCCCUAUAGAAGGAAUAAAUUAUCAAGCGGCUGGCAAACAGAAUAGAGCGCUUUAUUCUUGGAAGAAUGGCGAAAAGCUGGAGCACUGCUUCGUGUUGAGAGGGGAGAAAAAGGACUGACAAUGUGGAAAAAACCAGGACAGUCUUCCUGUUCUCUUUUUCUCUCUCAGCCUUUUAAAAUACAUUCAUUUGACUGCCUUUUAACGGCCUGUCGAACAUUAUUUUGUGUCAAGUUCUCACUUUUGUUUUGUGGUAAUUUACUGUUUCUCAAUACAUUCUGGUGCCUGUCAUGUCGUAGCACCUGACGGGGAACAUCUUUGGAGCAUAUAAUUUUAUUUCCUUGGAAUAUAUUUACCACAAGAUUGUAUGAUCUUAGACAUUAAUACUAUCUUAAAAAUAGAUGGUACAAUAAUACACGACUGGAGCAUCAAAACACACCUGAUAUUGACAGAUUUUCCCCAACAUCCAUUAGCUUUCCUGUCCUUAAGCUUUAGUUUCAUCUUUUCACCGCUAUCAUGUGAAUGUUCCACUCUCUGACAUGACCUCUCUUUGAUGCCUCUCUCUCAGGUCUGUGAAUGGUGUGUACAGAAUCGGUCUUUUUGCUCUCAAGGACAUCAACAGCGGCACUGAGCUCACCUACGACUACAACUUCCAUUCCUUCAACACAGAGGAGCAGGUAGAGCACCAGCGACCAGCUUUGACCUCCUCAUUGAAAAGCACUUUAAAUAUUUCAUGCUAAGAGCUAUCUGUGCAGCUGCUUCUAUUUUGGUAAGGCCCAUUUCUCACUUAAUAACUAACUGCACUGUCUUUUUCUCUACUGUCUACAGCAAGUGUGUAAGUGCGGCUCUGAGAGCUGCAGGGGCAUCAUCGGAGGGAAAAGCCAACGUAUUAAUGGCCUGCCAGGGAAGACAGGGGGGGCUCGGCGGCUGGGUCGGCUUAAAGAGAAGAGGAAAUCAAAACACCAGCUCAAGAAACGAGUGAGUAGUCAGCGGAGAAAGAAAAACAAAAAGCUUGUUUCUUGCAGAUUUUGAAACGUCAAUAUUCUGAGUAAUAUACCACAGAGAAUGAAUCCCUGAUCGUUCUUGUUCUACUGAAUAGAUACCACAGUGUUUGGGUAAAAUGUUUUAGCUGAAGCUGUUGCCUAGUUGAUUAAGGUCAUAUCAGAGUCUGCCUUUCUAAAUAUCAGGUGCAGUGUCUAUGUAGGGCAUGAAAUUGUCUGUGUCUCAGAGGUACUCUUAGUGGGACACAAAAUGCCUAAAAAAAGUAGCUCUGAAUACUUCUAGCUUUUACUUUUGCUUUGAAGCCUUGAUAUUUUCACAGCAAAUAAGCAUUAUGUAAUACUGUCUUUUAAAUAUAGGCUCAGCAAUAUACAGUAUUGUCUGUUGUCUAAAAGAGGUUGUUGAACUCUGUUUGAGCUUAGCUUAAAAAAAGUUCAUAUGAGGAGUUCUUAAUUUAGAUCUCCCUCAACGCAACUUUCUUCAUUUCUAGGAAGAAGAGUCGAGUGACAGCAACAAGUUUUACCCUCAUCUCAUGAAGCCCAUGUCCAACAGAGAGAGGUAAGCACAAACACAGAAGAGUGGGUCAUGACUGCGCUGGAUAUAUCACUGAUUGUAAUUAUCAGAAUACUAAUCAGCUGAACAGAAAGAGUUUUCACGAAGGUUUAACUUUAUUUGAUGCCUAUCUCUAUAACGCAUUAUAAAUACAUGUAUAAUGUGUUAUAAUCACUUUAUAGUACUGUAUAAUUAUAGUUAUAAACACUCAUAAGUAAUUAUAAUGCUUGAUAGCAAUAAUCAUAACACAUUAUAAAGCAUUUUAUCAUGACUUACAAGGUCAGGUAUUAUAAUGUGUUAUAACUGUUAACAACUUACUGACAAUGCCCAUAUAGAUAAUGCAAUGCAGCUGUUGUUAACAGUUAUAACACAUUAUAAUACCUGACCUUGUAAGUCAUGAUAAAAUGCUUUAUAAUGUGUUAUGAUCAUUGCUAUCAAGCAAUGUAAUCAUUUAUGAGUGUUUAUAACUAUAAUUAUACAGUGCUAUAACAUGAUCAUAAAGCAUUAUAUAUUUAUUUAUAAUGCAUUAUAGAGAUAUGCGUUAAAUAAAGUGUUACCGGAAGUUCUUAUUUUAUCAGUUUCACGCACAGUCUCAGAAAGAAAGUAUAAGAAUGGUAUAAAGCUGAUUUUUAAAAAAAAACAACGAUUUGAAUGAAUGUAUCCUGAAGCACCUCUGUCACCUCUGACCCUCAGAAACUUUGUGCUGAAGCACCGAGUGUUUCUCCUGAGGAACUGGGAGAAGAUGAGGGAAAAACAGGAGCUGCUGAAGAGAGAGGGCGAGAGAGAGAGGGACACCAGCAGCCUCUCCAUAUACACACGCUGGGGCGGAGUCAUCCGGGACGACGGCAACAUUAAAUCAGGUGAGUUCAGUUGAGGGUGUUUGUGAACAACCUCCAGAGGAAAUAAACCGUGUAGCUAAUCAAUCACCCUCUGUGUUUCUAGACGUCUUCCUGACGCAGUUCUCAGCCCUGCAGACGUCACGCUCAGUCCGCACACGGAGACUCGCUGCUGCUGAGGAAAACACAGAAGUCACACGCACUGCUCGCCUGGCGCACAUCUUUAAAGAGAUUUGUGACAUGAUCACCAGCUACAAGGGUUAGUGUCGUAACUAUGAUGUACAGCACGGUCAGGCAAAAUCGAAUACCCUUCUAUUGAAUAUUCUCAUUAGUAUGACCGCGAGGCUGACCUGAGAUCUGAUCAGACCUCCCAUCUGUCAACUGCCUUUACGAUAAUAUCUAAUAUCUAUUAAAUAACAAGGCUCUGUGAUUGAGAGAGGAUGACAGAAAUGUUAUUGUGUGUCUGACCUCAGAUUCAGCCGGCCAAACACUCGCUGCUCCACUGGUGAACCUCCCAUCCAGGAAGAGGUGAGUGCAUGAGUCUUUACUGUGGAGUUUGGACUGUUUUCCAUACUGCAGUGCCACCUUGUUAUCUUUUCAAUCAGUGUACAGCACCCACAUAGAGUAACGGUUUUAUCAUGUGCUGCGCAUCUCAGCCGUGACAGUCUGUGUAUAAAUAGUAACCACUUUGAGUCAAAACAAUAACAGCUGGUUUUUCUGUGGCUGUAUGAGACAGUGCAAAGUUAUAAAAAAAGAAAGGUUGUUGAUUUUGUAAAUUCUCAGACUGCUUUUGAUGUUUUCAAAGCGACUAAUUCUCUUGAAUUUGUCCCCCAUCAGGAACAGCCAGUACUAUGAGAAAGUGUCUGACCCUCUGGACCUGAGCACGAUUGAGAAGCAAAUCCUCACCGGCCACUACAAGACAGUUGAAGCAUUCGACACUGACAUGCUCAAGGUGUUUCGCAACGCUGAGGUAAGUAGAUGCCUCAUUAAUUAUUGAACUGCCACUCAAGCUGAACAAUAAACGGUUUUUGAAACUCUUAAGUUCAAGAAAGAGUGGCACCUAGUGACCAGUACUCAAGACCCAAACUAGGAGCUAAAAUUCUCCGAGCUCAUGCUGUUGGAUGAUCCACUGCACGGAGAAUCAGCCUUGAUUUUGAGUGAAUUUGUUCUAGCAACACAACAUCAGCCAAUCAGGUCCCCGUCUGUUAUUUCAAAAUGAUCUACCUAUCAAACUAAAUACUCACACGAUGUUAACAGAUCCUCUCUGCCUGUCAGAUCUAUUUAAAAAAUUAUUGAAAAGACCCAUGUGAUGAUUUCAUCAAGGUGAACGUAGCAGCAGCAUUUGGUCUCAAUCAUUUAAUAACACUGAUAAAAAGAGCAUGUGUGAGUCUCAUGUUUGAUCCUGUUCCUCAGAGCCCAGAAACGAUCAAAACGCCUCAUUACAAGCAGCAUUUUAUCCACGUUUCUGCAGCUCUAGCUCAGCUCCUUCUCCUCCUCCUGCCUGCCUGCCUGCCUGUCUGCCUCACAUACAAACACCUCCCAAGUGGGAUAUAACUUCAUGACCGCUGAUCCUCAGCGCGAACACUGCAGGCCCUCUUUGAUUUACAUCUGUAUAGCUUAGCAGUUUAAACAAGUGGCACUUGAAACCUCUCGGAGCAGCUUACUCUUCCAGUCAAAGAAGUUUGAAGUGGAUGUCUCAAUUAGAUUUAGACUGUGGCCCCGAGACCCUUUAAACCAGACUGAAUCGAGUGCGAGGGGAAUUGUGGUAAAGUGAAGGCUGUGGGGUGUGGCAUUUUCAGCUGAAUGGCAGUUUAAAAUACAACCAGUCUUUUCUGUGACCUUUGUCCUGCAGCUCAGUGUCUUGUCUGAGUGAUGGAAUGAUGCAGGUAUAAAUCUGAGGUCACAUUUGCAUUGGUCCCCUUUUUUAUAUGAUUUCUGUCCUCUUGUUUUGUUGCCUUUGAGGUCUUGUUGUCCUUGUACUUAAUUGUUUUUGGCAAAAUAAAAACAGAAGCCGCAUUUACAACCGUCUUGUUCCCCCUUCAGAAAUAUUACGGCAGGAAGUCAUCGGUAGGCAGGGACGUGUGUCGGCUGCGGAAAGCCUACUACAGCGCCCGUCACGAAGCCGCCGUCCAGAUUGACGAGAUCGUCGGCGAGACGGCCAGUGAAGCCGACAGCUCAGAUUCGCUGGAGCGGGACCACAGCCACCACCACCACGGAGGAGGAGGGCCGGGCUCCCACGACAAGGACGACGACGUCAUACGCUGCAUCUGUGGAAUGUACAAGGACGAGGGCCUGAUGAUCCAGUGUGAAAAGUGCAUGGUAAAAAGAAAACUGUCAAAUAAAAAUAAAGCGUGAAAAAGCAGGAGGGGAGGUCGGGGAGGAAUCUACAUUUUUACUACCCUAGGAAGGAAGAAAGAUGCUUUUUCCAUCACCGGCUGAUAGGUUACACCUGUUUUAGUGAGCACCUUCUCCUGAGACUUUAUCUAACUAAGGAGUCUUUUAUCAAGGAGAGUGUGGAGCGAUCCUCAGAGAGUAUUUUUAGACAAAGAAAACCAGGAGGAAUAUUGAUUUAAACCUGCACAAUAGAGAAUGAAGGAGAGUGUUGCAGCCGUGUUAGUGCUUGUAGAACAGACUCAAAACAUUGCUCUUGAUCAUUAUAGAAUGAGUCACUGUCAGUGCUCCAUAUUUUUCUUUCUUCUUAUUCAACUAUUGUCUUCGUCCCUGUAGGUCUGGCAGCACUUUGACUGUAUGCGGCUGGAGAAGGAGGUAGAGCACUAUCUGUGUGAGCAGUGCGACCCUCGGCUCGUGGAUCGGGUAUGUCUAACCCCCCGCAGAGAGUUUCCUUUGAUUGAUGUAGUUUCAUUUCAUCCAGAUUCCUUGUUGAGAAAUUUCAAAUAUCCUUCUGUUUCUACACUUACAAACCAAAACAAACUCAUUAUGGAGUUUGCAUUGCUGUUUACUAGAGAUACGGCGAUUGAUGGCGUUUUUACCAUAACUGGCCUCACAUCUGCAUUAGUCCUCACACCAGAUACUUCUACCUUGUUUGAACUGGUUUUUAUUAGAACAUCCACAGUUUCACCCCACAAAGAGAAUUAGCCAAUAAAUGUCUCCUAGUUUCUACAUCUUACUACAUCUAAUCUCUCCCACAUGUUUCUGCUGUUACAGGAGGUUCCCAUGAUACCCCAGCCCAGCUAUGCCCAGGCUGGCUCCAUCUACUACAUCUGCUUACUCAGAGAUGACUUGCUGCUACACCAAGGUAUGAAAAAAAAUCAAUGAUCCAAAGUUGAAGUCAUGAGCUCACAGAUGCUCAGAAAGCAUCUAUGAGUUCAUGAUGAAUCAGUUUUGUGUCAUCCUGUGAGCUCCUUUUAAAACGCGUUAAGUGUCAUCAUUGUGUCUUGCGUCCAGGUGACUGUGUCUAUCUAAUGAGAGACAGCAGGCGCACGCCUGAGGGCCAGCCCAUCAGACAGUCCUACCGCCUCUUGUCUCACAUCAAUCGAGACAAACUGGACAUCUUCCGAAUUGAGAAACUCUGGAAGAAUGAAAAGUAAGUGAAUCAGAGAAAUCAUUAGUUUGAAUAUCCAGAUUUACUGCAUCAUUCUGUUGCUCAAUGCUUAUUCUUUGUAUUUGUUUUCACGCUCAUUGAAUUUUAUUGCUCACUGUGAUUUCCUGCCCCUUUCUGCAUCCACUCAAACUCCGAAGGGGGGAGAGGUUUGCCUUUGGCCACCACUACUUCCGUCCUCAUGAGACUCAUCACUCUCCAUCGCGGCGCUUCUACCAGAACGAGUUGUUCCGCAUGCCACUUUACGAGAUCAUCCCGUUAGAGGCAGUAGUGGGAACCUGCUGUGUCUUAGAUCUUUACACCUACUGCAAAGGUGAGUGGGAUCACAUAUGCCGACUUCUGCAUGCUGAUUUAUAGUAAACAGAAACAUUAUUGUAAGGAGAAAAAAGAGAAACUUUAUCACUGCUCACAGCUGAAAGAAAGUACAUUUCUUCCCUCAGGGCGGCCAAAGAACGUAAAAGAGCAGGAUGUUUACAUCUGUGAUUACCGCUUGGACAAGUCGGCUCACCUCUUCUACAAGAUCCACCGAAACCGCUACCCGGUCUGCACCAAGCCAUAUGCCUUCAACCACUUCCCCAAGCGGUUAACACCCAAGAGAGACUUCUCGGUAAGAGCAAUUGAGUCCUGACAGGGUCGGGGGAUUUCCACGCCUGGGAUCUGUUACUGAUUUAUAAACAGUCGAAGAUAUUUAAAGAGAGGAGGUGAUGUUACCGCCCAGAGCAAAUUUUUGCCAAAGUGUUGAGACAGACUGCAGCACGAUCUAAGAAAGAGAGGCUGACCAAAAACAAAUGAGGGAAACCACUCUUGAUUUUUAUUGCUGGUUCAAACCAAAUCCAAUUAGCCGUUUUUGGAUCUUGUAGUUUUAGCAGUCCUGCAUUGGCAAGUGUGUAUUUAUGGCCCAAGUAUGGCUAAUUAUCCCUGAUAAAGUGCUGACAGACUUGAAGAGAUGUUGCUUCAUCCUGCAACUUGAACAGAGUCCUGAAAAAGAGAUUACACUCUAAGGCUUCUAUCUCUAUCUUUCCAGCCUCACUAUGUUCCAGACAACUAUAAGAGGAACGGCGGACGCUCAGCCUGGAAGAGCGAACGACCUAAAGGCUGUGAUGACGACGGCUCCUCCUGCGAACGAGGAGACGACUUCCCUCCUGAGGGGGAAGACGGCAGAGGAGUGGAUGACGACAUGGAUAUGGCGCCAGAAGACCCUGAACUACUUUCAGUCAAGCCCCGAAGAGUAGAACAAGAAGGGGAGGGGGACGAGGACGAAGACGAGGAGGAUGAAGAGGAAGGGCGAGACGCCGAGGAGAGAAAGGAGCUGGAGGAAAGUUCCGCUGAGAGGAUAGGAGAGAUGCUGGAACUCCCUUCCUCAUCAGCCUCCUCGCCCCUGCACCACCCGGUGCUGGGCAGGAGGGAGGCCCAGAGGGAACGGCUCAACAAAAUCCUACUGGAUCUGCUGCACAGAACUCCCAGCAAGAAUGGUGAGGGACCGGGAACAAAGCAGGGGGGUAGGUCAACCGAUAAACAAGGGUUAACUCUCAGAUCACCUGCUUUGACUCAUCAUUUUCUAACGUGUGUUUCCAUCUCUUCUUCAUAUCAGCAAAGCAUGCCUUAAAUGUAAACCUGCAGCUGCUUCUCAUGCUUCAUCUUCAGGCAUAAAGCAGCUGCUGGUCGCCUAUACAGAUAAAGCAUUUUGAUCCACUUUGACUGUUCCUGCAGGAUUACUUGUGGGAACAAGAAUAAAGAAACACAACAAAUUUUUGAGUGAUGUGGAAUCCGCCUUAAAAAACACAGAUUAUACUCUGCCGCCCCAGAGCGAUUCCUGAACUCUCUUUUCGGAGGUUUCACAGAGUUGCAAACAGUUUGAGUCAUAAGAGGUUCCCUCUUGCAACACUUUGAAGUUUAAUGCAUCAGUAACAGAGGGAAGCUUUGCCAACCUUUACCUUUUGAUAUAAUAUCUUCUUUGUCAGCUCUUUCUCUCUAAGCUCCUAACUCUACCUCCUUAUCUCUGCUUCCUCCUAACAGCCAUAGACGUCACUUAUCUCCUGGAGGAGGGCGCAGGGCGGCGGCUACGGCGACGGACGCUGGGAUUUGGGGAUUUUGUGGGCAGAAAAUAACGUCGCCGCGUGCCUGUCAAGCACACUGCCUUUUCUCUUUUGUGAGCGAGGGGCGAUGGAGAAAAUGGAGAGACAGCAAGAAGGGAAACGAGCAUUGUUGGUUAUCUGACCAUUAAGGACCACAAUGCUUCCCCGGGGGCCUCUUCCAGUUUACCUCUUCCAAGACUGUCAUCUCAUCUCUGAGAGGGUGGAGGGGGUUUGGAAGCGCUGACUCCACGGCAAUUUCAGCUUUUAAGAGUUCUCAAGGAGCACUAGAAGAGAGCUGACCCAGACUUUUUUGCUUAUUUAAGUAGUGUGAUGCAAAACAUCUUUUUUAAAAUGAACAUAGGAGAAAUAACCCAUGCACUUAAAUGCAUUGAAUAUUAAAGACAUGGGUUGAUGAAUUCCACUAGCAAGCAACAAAACUGAAACAAGAGGUACUGAAUAGGGUUGGGGAUGGUUUCAGUCAGUGGGGAUGUGAAUGCUGGAGAACUGCUCCCCCUUGUGGGACCUAGCUGCAAUGACAAAAUAUAUUAGACGAGAGAAGAGCUGCGAGGGGGGGGGACGGCAUAGGAGAAAUGUAAGUUGAGCAGUGUGCUCAGAUGCUGCUCAUUAGAGAGAGAGAAGGAGGGAGGUGAACUGCACUUUUGGUACCAUGGAUAUUGUGAAGCUCUGUGUAAUGUAUCUGUAAACGAAAACACACUAACACUCUCACAGUAUUGGAUGAUGCAGUCUGAAAAAACGAGUAAAAAAAAGUCUAUUAUCUUUUUUUUCCUGUUAUACUGUAGUAUCUCAUGUAGGAACAGAAGAGGAUUUUGGGGUGUGUUUGUUUUUAGACUAAAGGGAGGGGUGGGAAGAUAAAUGUGCGCUUUUUGUCAAAGUGUCUUGUUGAGGUUGAGUUUUUUUCUCGUGAGGCAGUCAGCUUUGCCCCUCUUUCUUGAAGUAACAUGAUUCACCAGCUUAACUAAAUCAGGCAUGCAGGGGUGGGGGGGUGGGGGGGUGGGGGGGGGACACCGGCUUUAACUGUAAUGCCUUACACAGCCGAGCUCUCCUGACUGCCUUGUGUGUGGACACACUUAUUGUGUGUCCGCCAGACUUCUUGAAGAUAUACCUUUGUAAAAACAAAAAUGGAAAAAAAAUCAAGGGCUCGAUGGCAAUUAACAGUUUUAAGAAAACUAUGGAAAACAAUACUUAACAUGAAAUGUAUCGUGACGGUCAUAUUUUCUUAUAUUCUGUGAGACGGGUGAGGGGUGGGGGAGGUGUCUACUGUAUAUCGGGAGGGGAAGAUUGCUUUUUUUGUCUUAGACUUUGUUCCUUGUUGCCAUGCAGAAUGUUUUAAAAAAAGAAAUUGUGAUAUUUGAUGAGAUUUCUUGCCCCCCCCCCCCCCCCCAAAUGCCUCUGCUAAAAAGGGACAGUCUGCAAUGUCCCGGUGAGAUAAACUGACAGAAAGACAAGAGACAAGGAUGAGACACUGACAGAGAAAGGGGUGAGAAAGAGAGAGAGAGAGAGAGAGAGGGGGAAUGGGAAGCUGUACAGUGCCAAGUUCUGUAAAUAUACACACUUUACAUUGAGGAGUGUCUCCAAAAGCAAUAUCUUGAAAAUGGAUUUUGUUUAUUAUUGUACUGUACAGGACUCAGCCCUAAAUGUAUUAUGAUUAUUAUAAUAAUGAUAAUAUUAUAAUUUCUUCCGUUUGUAUUACUAUAAUGAAGACACUUAAGGUCGGAGGAAAUUGAUUUUUUAAUGUCCUUAAAAUCUCACCUUAAUGUCCUGACGACAUAAAAACUUAAGCUGAGUUUUCGUUGCCUAUAAAUGAAAUUCAUCUAUGAACUGCAUGAGCGAGAAGAAUGUCAAACAGACACAGAAGGCAUCUGGACAUGACAGUGACUCAGCAAUGACACCUUUUGUCACUGAAUAUUGUUAAUAAUAUAACUUUUAAAAGGAGAAAUGUACUCCUUGUUUUUUGCUGCAAAGUGUUGAACACUAAAAAAACAAACCAACAUAAAAAUGUUAUGAUAUUUUUAAACAGCGAAAGAAGCAAAAUGAAAGCUGUCAGCCCGAUAUCAUGUUAUAAUUAUUAUUUUUUUCUUUUCUUUUUUUCUUUCAAAUAGGAAAUGGUUCCGUUUUGUGAUAGCGGUCAUUGUAUGAUGCUUGUACUUGUAUUUGUGUGUUUUUGUGUGAUUUGUUUAGUUAUUUUUAGACAAUCACAAAAUAAGAUGCAAGCAUUGUAAAUGGCAGACUGGCGGACAUUUUGUGAUGUGUACAGUUUGUCAAAAAAAACUUCUUCCACUCGUUCAAAGUUUGUAAUUAUGAUUCUUAAGUCAUGAAAAAUGCUGUUGGUUUUUACUUUUUUGUUUUAUAUUUGUUUUUUGUUUGUUUGUUUUUUUAAUAAAAAGCACUACAUUAUUGUGAAUACAGUUUGUUGUCAUGUCUCAAUAUAUUCAGGUUAACUUAGACACUUCGAUCUUAUCACCGAUGUAGUUUAAGUCCAGCUGCACAUUCACAGUUAGUGUAAAAAUCUGGAUAAAUUGACUUAUCUUUGAUGGGAACUCGGAGAUUCCUGAUAAAUUUAAUACCUGAUAAGUCAGCAGUAUGAGUACAAAAAGAAUAGAAUAAAGAAUAGAGACAUCCAAAGGUUUUCAGCGCUCUCCUGUAUCUAAUCUUAGAAGCUCAAAGCUGUAUCAUCCGAAAUAAAAACGCAAUCUCCUUUGUGAUAAAUCAAAAAACCUUCCCUUUCACAAUUUCCUCACGUUUUUAGGACCAAAAUACACACAGGUCAGAACUUCUUUUGAGAUUCAACAAACCAAGGAAGGCGAUACUUUUCCACUGUUGACAACUGCUGAUACCUAAACCUAAUAAUGUUGAAGUUA